AAACGCAUUGCUCCGGAGGCUGAGGUGUGCGGCUGACCCAAAUCUUCUGUGGUUCUUCUGACGCUAACAUUUAAAGACUUAAUUAUCCUGCCAUAAACUAAUCUACAAUGGGAAGGAAAAAAGCAACCUCUGAUGCAGAUGCAAGUGCAGAGCCGAGGCGAAAGUCUCAAAGGUUGUCAGAAAAAGAGACGCAGCCCAAACCACAGCCGGAAAAGAAAAAGGCGCCACCAAAAACCAAGAAGGUGAAGGAGGCAACAAAGGCCAAGGCUGAAGAGAAGGAAGAACCCCAAGUGGAAACUCCUGCAGAAAAUGGGGCAGACCAAUCUGAUGAGGCUGCAGGUUCAGAUCAGACCGACGAAAAGGAGGACAAGGCUGAAGAGGAGAAGGAAGCGGCAGAGUAGAGCUACCUGCGCCUCCUUUUUGUUGUAAAAUGCAGAGAAUAUUUUUAGCUACUAUUUUCUAAAAUUGUUUUUAGGGGUGUGAUUGUGUUUUAUAUACUAUUACAGUUUCGGAGCUUUUGUAAAGGGAGACUUUGUCGCCGUGUUCUUAUUUUGUCACAUACCUUUUAUCAGGAAUGGGAGAGUUUAAUGGGAAGAGGAAGUAAUCAGCUGUACUCGUUCUCAAAAUGUUGUCUGCUAGUUAAGGGAACAAUUUGCAAGAUUCCAAACUGUCUUCUGUGCAAAGCUCUCAGUAGAAAUUGAUGUUUGUUUUUAUCCUCUGGUACACUUCAAAGCAGUUGGAGACAAAUGUUCUCGGCUAAUCAAGGUGCAUUAAAGAGCUAGUGUCUGUUUGUCCUGUAAGAAUAACUGUGUGGUUUGGGAAUUUCUCUAUCAAUGUACAGUUUCCUCCUUUUUAAAGAAAUGUCUUUUUUUUGUUAUGGAUGGUAUAAAAUGCCAAUUAAAUUGAGAAAUUUC